UGUGAUGGCGGAUUGAUAAGGGCCGAAUUUCUAUCGGCCUCUUUUUAUUGUGGGCACCAGUCGGGCUGACAGAGGUAAAUUGCUCUUUUAAUUAAAGCAAUGCACCAGGGGAAAUUGCUGUCUGAAUAUUGUCUCAGAGAUGGGGGCCAGUGACAGUUGCCUGGAAACUUCAAUCUGUCCACCCGCAUUUAUUCCAGAUCCCAGUUAUGAGAUAAAGUUUAAUAAAAAUCUUUUCCUCCGCCACCACCGAAAUGAAAUCCAACCCUUUCUGAACAAGUGAACACAAUGAGACAGGACUGCGGAGGAAACCUCAUGUUCAACAUGUAUCUCUCAGAUCCAACAGAAAAUCUGUUGAAAGAAAGCAAAGGAACAACCUGGGGUCCGAUUAACACAGGAGUGCAAAAAGGCAGCGGUCAGAUCCAGCUGUGGCAGUUUCUGUUGGAGCUCCUCUCUGACAGCACCAACAUGUCGUGCAUCGCCUGGGAGGGCACAAACGGCGAGUUCAAACUCAUAGACCCGGACGAGGUGGCUCGGCGUUGGGGGGAACGCAAAAGCAAGCCCAACAUGAACUACGACAAGCUGAGCCGCGCGCUGCGCUACUAUUACGACAAAAACAUCAUGACCAAAGUGCACGGAAAGCGGUACGCAUACAAGUUCGAUUUCCACGGCCUGGCCCAGGUGUGUCAGCCGACCACCACGGAGCAGGCCAUCUACAAGUUUCAGGGUAACUUCUCCCCGAUCCCCUUCUCCGGGAUUUCCAAACUGAACCUCAUGGCUCCCGGCGUGGGACCAUCGGGGUUCUCCUAUUGGCCCGGUUCCCCUCCGGCGGCUCUGUAUCACACCCACAACCUUCAGCCUCCAGGGCCUUUUGGGACCGUGUCUCCGUCCCACAUCAGCUGUGUCAACAACAUCAGCAGUCUGAGUAACAUCAAUAGCCAUUACAACUGACUCUUAAUGCAUCUGUUAGACAGACUGGAAACAUAUAGACACCACUGGUAAAUACAGCAACCGAAGGCGACAGAUGACAAAGAAGAUUGAAAGAUCAGGGCUGGCAAUUUUCAGUGAGAAAGACUUUAUUUGGUCAAAAAUAAACGUUAGAGUUUCGGAUUGUGGGCUCAUUCUCGACGUGUAUAUAAGGAACGAUUGUGAUUUAGCUUAGAGAUCGUAUUUAAAACUGACAAAAACUCAAAUUAAAAUACAUGAAUAAUAUUUUGCCACACAACACCCAAAGGUUAGACAUUUGUUCAGGGAAAAUAUAUUGAAUCCACCGAGACUGGGCAAAUUAAAUUACCGAUCACGCGCUGAUUACGCAUCAUGAUUGGAACUUUUACGCACAGUAUUUUGAUAAUUCUUUCUGAAAUUGAAUCUAAUCUGUAAAGCCCCAAAUGUGGUUUUUCCUUAAGAAAAAAAAUGUCGGAAAUAUAAAAUGAAAAAAGUAGCCUGUAGACAGUUUUCAAAUAUUAGGUAUUGCAAUAAGGUUUGCAGAUCUUUUUUUUUUAUACCUAUCAGUUCUCCUCCUGUUCUGUUCCUUUGCUGUCUCUCAUCCUCCUUCCAUGAGUUCUGUCAUUGUUUUUACAUACAGGUGGUGUAUAGUGGAGCAAAUCAGCAGUUAUUACUGGUGUGUUGGCGCCAUCCCGUGGUUUUGAAGUGGCCCUGGUAAUGGCUGUGUGUUUCAUUUGAUCGUUCUACUCAAUAUUACCUUUGAAACCUUAAAUGUAUUUUCUUAUGAAGCACCGUUGACCCCGACAUCUGAUUACACAUCACAACACCUGCAGAAAAAAAAAAUCCCACUUGCAAUAAAACUGAACCCAGUACAGAUUUUCAGGGUUGUUAUUUGUGUGAAAUAGCUCAAACGGGAAUCGUGAAAGAACCUUUAAAUUCGUGAACUAUUCUUCGUAAGUACUGUUGGGUAUAGAGUUGAAGGCAAGCUCAGGAGGAUAACAUAACAUCCGCGCAGCUUCAUAGUGUAGCUAAAACAUGAAUUAAAUGAAUAAAGGCUGUUGUGAAUACAUUUGUUUGUUACUAUGUGUUGUAGUGGUGUGCUGGUGCCCCUUUGCUUUAGUUUUAAAUACUCAUGUACAACUAAACGGUAAAUUGUAAUAUUUAACACGGAACAAACAAGCAGCAGGAUUCAUGUCAUCGCUCUUAGGAGGGGGAAGAAAAUAAUAAUCAAUAGCCUGCUCGGAAACAGGAAAUAAUUAAAAAGCCAAAUUUGAAAUAUAGAUUUAACAAAUAUUUAACAUAAUAAUGAAACUGGUUUAAAGGUUUCUACAUUUUGCCCCUUUCGACUUGCCAGCAAUGGCACACAAACACAUCAUUGAUUGGGAUGACACAUUCAAAGAGAAUGAAACAAAUGCCACUUUCAGAUUUUCAACAUCACAUUAGUAUUUCACAAGUUUUGACUUCAACACUAAUUUAAUGGUGUGGUGUUUUUUAUGCGUUUGUAGUUUGAGCUGCUGGUAGAGGAAAGCGGUGGUUCAGGAUGACAUCUUGUCAGCCACAUGAGGGCGCCAUAGUUGUGCCAAUUUUAGCUCACCGUUUACAUAACGAGAUAACGGUGAACAGUCGAUUUAAUACAGCAGAGAGAAACCACCUGCAAAUAGCAGAUUAACCUAAAACCUAAUUUUACGACAGUGCAGGCCUCCAGAGACUCACGUAAGUCUAGACUGAGAAUUUUCAAACAGCUGAAUUGAUAUGUGAAUUGAAUGUAGUUUAGCAGUUUGAAUUGGUAAAGUGUAUGUGUUUUUGUAGUUCACAGUAAAACACUAUUUAUAAUCUGA